AUGCUUGAUGCUUCAAGUGGUGGCGCGUUGUUGUCAAAGUCUUAUGAAGAAGGUUAUAAGUCGAUUAAAAGCAUUACUACCAACACUUAUCAAUGGCCGGUUUCAAGAGAUAUCCCUACUCUUAGUCAAAAGAAGCCAAAUGGAGUGCAUGAAGUUGCUGAAACUACUGCUCUUGCUUCUCAAAUAGCUCAGCUUAACCAAAUGAUGAAGAACAUGAUGACUAGUUCAGUCAUGCAAGUUGCUGAACCUGUGAAGGUUAUGACUGACACAUCAGAAGUUGUGUGUGUUUACUGUAUAGGUUCCCACCUAUUUGAGGACAAUUAUGAUAAUCCAGUAUCAAUCAACUAUGUUGGUAACAACAAGUAUAACAACCCGUAUAGCAACACCAAUAACCCUGGUUGGCACAAUCAUCCAAAUAUUUCAUGGAGCAACAAUCAAAAUCAAUCCAAACCUCAAGCAUCUCAAACUCCACAAAUUCCACCUGGUUUUUCCACACCAAACUAUGUUGUGGCUAAUAAAGGGAAUAACCGGUUGGAGAACAUACUUAAAUCCUUCAUUCAAGAGACCAAACUUAAAUUUCAAUCUCAAGGAGUAAGCAUUAAGAACCUAGAGAAUCAAGUCGGGAAAAUUACUACUGCCCUUAGCUCAAUAAAUAUGGGUGCUCUCUCAAGCUCUAUUGAAACUCCAGCCACAACAUCUGGAAUAAAUAAUGUUGAAACAUGUAAGCUCAUUAUACUUAGAAGUGGAAAAGAAUGUGAAGGAACAACCUCUACAAGAAAUAAGGUGCCAACUAAAGAACUGUCAGUUCUGCACAGAUCAGGCAAGAAGAAAGCUGAUGUCAGUGAGGAAUUGAGUUCAGAAGAAGGCAAUGAAGAAAUACUAAUACCAGAAAUAGCUAUGUUGAAGACCAUUAGAAUUACUUCAAAUCCUGAAAAGAAACCUUCAUGCAUGCUAGAGGUCGACAAAGUGCCUAGAUUUACUCAAGAAAGACCACAACCUCCAUUUCCUCAGAGAAUUAGAAAAGCCAAAGAAGAACAACAAUUUAGCAAGUUCAUGGAGAUUCUUAAACAACUUCAUAUCAACAUUUCAUUGAUUGAUUAUAUUCAACAAAUGCCCAACUAA